AUGGUGACUGCUAUCGAUGCUGGCCACCUGCGACGAUGCGUGGAACUUGCGCGCGAAGCACUCGAGGCAGGCGAUGCGCCCUUUGGGACAGUGCUCGUCGAUGCCACCGGCAACGUCAUCAAGGAAGACCGCAACCGGACUGUGACAGGAGCAGACGUCACUCUACAUCCCGAGUUUACACUAGCAGUCUGGGCUCAGAAGAACCUGACCCCAGCUGAGCGCGCUGCGGCCACAGUCUACACCUCUGGCGAGCACUGCCCAAUGUGUACGACGGUUCAUGCAAACGUAGGGCUGGGACGCAUCGUAUACGCUAGUUCUUCCGCCCAGCUUGUGGAAUGGAGGAAGGAGUUGGGCAUCAAACCCGGUCCGGUCAACAUGCUUUCAAUUGGUCAGGUCGCCCCCGGCCUAUCUAUCGAUGGCCCAGCUCCCGGGUUGGAUGAGGAGGUCCGCGAACUACAUCGCCUGCGACAGGCUCGAGCUGCAUCACAGGCUUGA